AGAGUAUACCCAUGGCGUAAUAUCAAACCUUUACCUGAAGAAGAAAAGAAAAAAGAAAACUGUGGUGAUGAGAGUUUUACCAAGUAAAAACCCCAAGGCCAAGACCCAAGAGCGAGGAAAUAUAGAAACGAGUGAGGCAUUUGCUUUGACUUGGCCAUGGUUGAAAUGUUUUGAGAAAGCUGUAAAUGUGAACUGGCUUUCGUGAAAGGACAGGUAUUUUUAGUAGUUAAAAGCCAAAUGAAGUUUAAACUAAUGGAGCAGGAAACAGAGAGGAAGAAACCCAUCAACGAGAAGACCAGGAUUUUCUUUGUGACCAAACAAGAGAAGAUCAGUGCAAUGUUGGUGAAAGUUUCUCUAAGUCUUCUUCUUCUUCUUCUUUCAAUUUCCUCUGGUGCUUUUGAAGCAAUUGCUAGAGUGCAUCAUGAUCACAUCAAAAAUGGAAAUUCCAACAUCUCCACGCUUACUGGCAUCGAACUCCCUGACCACAUGAGCUUCAAUGCAGUUUCUUCUUCAACAAGCAACAGUGGUUGCAGCCUAUCAAAACAGAAGAAAGCAAAACCAUCGCAAAAGAUAGCUUCCCAAGAAGUAAGUUCUUAUCUUGACGAUGAGGAUGAGGAAGAUGAACAACAAAAACCAAAGAAGUCAGUGAAGCUGCACUUGAAGCAUAGGCAGAUAGAUGGGAAGGCUGAGCCUAAAAAUUCUGUUUUGGAGUCAACGAUGAGGGAUUUGACCAGAAUUCGCACAUUUCGUACAAGGGUCAUUGAGAAGAAGAACCAAAAUGUCAUUUCAAGGCUAAACAAUGAUAGGAAGCAAUCAAAGCAGCAUUUGAAGCCUGUGGUUGAAAAAGCAGCAGCGCCAGAACCCUAUACAAGUGGGGUUCCUGGCCAGCUUGUGGCAACUUUGGAGUCUGGUGUGAGUCUUGGCUCAGGAGAGUAUUUUAUUGAUGUGUUUGUUGGUACUCCUCCCAAACACUUCUCUUUGAUACUUGAUACUGGUAGUGACCUUAAUUGGAUUCAAUGUGUUCCUUGUUAUGAUUGUUUCGAGCAAAAUGGGCCUCAUUAUGAUCCUAGGGAGUCAAGUUCCUUUAGGAAUAUAAGUUGCCACGAUCCUAGGUGUCAGUUGGUUUCAUCACCUGAUCCUCCUCAGCCUUGCAAAGCUGAGAAUCAAACGUGUCCUUACUAUUAUUGGUAUGGGGAUAGUUCCAAUACGACUGGUGAUUUUGCAGUUGAGACAUUUACUGUCAAUCUCACAUCGCCUAGUGGGAAAUCAGAAUUUAGACAGGUGGAGAAUGUGAUGUUUGGUUGUGGCCAUUGGAAUAGAGGCCUCUUCCAUGGUGCUGCAGGGUUGUUGGGGCUUGGGAGAGGACCUCUCUCGUUUGCCUCUCAGCUGCAAUCACUAUACGGUCAUUCUUUUUCUUAUUGUCUUGUUGAUCGAAACAGUGAUGCCAAUGUCAGCAGCAAGUUGAUUUUUGGGGAAGACAAAGAUCUUCUGAGCCACCCGAACUUGAAUUUCACAGCAUUGGUUGCUGGCAAGGAAAAUUCUGUUGAUACAUUUUACUAUGUCCAGAUAAAAUCAGUCAUUGUUGGAGGAGAGGUGUUGAAUAUACCAGAGGAGACAUGGCAGCUGUCAGCUGAUGGUGCUGGUGGUACAAUCAUUGAUUCGGGUACUACUCUAAGUUAUUUUGCAGACCCUACUUAUCAGAUUAUUAAGGACGCAUUUGUGAAGAAAACAAAAGGAUAUCCAGUUUUGAAAGAUUUUCCAGUCUUGGAUCCUUGUUACAAUGUGUCUGGAGUUGAAAAUGUGGAGCUGCCUGAUUUUGGGAUUCAGUUUGUUGAUGGAGCCGUAUGGAAUUUCCCAGUUGAGAACUACUUCAUCUGGCUUGAAGAGGAUGUUGUUUGUUUGGCAAUUUUGGGGACUCCACGAUCAGCCCUUUCAAUUAUUGGAAACUAUCAGCAGCAGAAUUUCCAUAUCUUGUAUGACACAAAGAAGUCUAGACUGGGAUAUGCACCAAUGAAGUGUGCAGAUGUUUGAAAUCUUGUUUAGAGUUAAGGUGGUAGGAUAGAAACUGCAAACAUGGAGUUUCUGGAGGGGGAUAUUCUUUUUAGUUUUCCUUUCAAAAAUAGAGGUAACAUACGAAAACUUAGAUUCAUUAUAUUUCUUUUUGUAAGGUUCAGAUGAUAAAAUUGACUACAGGUCAGUUACACAUAAAUGUACAAUGCAUUCUUGAAUUGUUGUAUAAUCAAAGCAGUUACUGGUAAAUGCCUUCAUACGUUAGAUUUCACUA